AUGUCUGAGAUCAUUAGAGAGGAGGACAAUCCUUCAGGCGAGAUCUCAAAGGGAGACAGGUACUUCAUGGAACAGCGGGAUUUAAUACUGCAGGACAUUGGCCAAACGAUGGACUCGAUAUUGAACAACCUGAAUGGUUUGAACAUCUCGCUGGAAAACUUCAUUGCUGUUGGUAAAGAAUUUGAAAGUGUGUCUGACCUUUGGAGCAAGUUUUAUGCAGGUGUCUCCGGAGCAGAGGAAGUCCAAACAGGAGACGAAAACGAAACCGAGCCCAAAGACGACUCGUAA